AAGGUUGAUCUCUUGGUUCCUCCUUUACAUCUGUUCACGCAUUAUUGGUGCCUCGCAUUAUUGAGAUAAUCAGACACUUUUUCGACAGUACUGAUGAUGCAAGAAACUCUGCUGCGUGUGUUUGUGGUGGCUCUCGGUCUCCUGAUGUGUCCGAGGGACGACCCUGGAGUUGAGGAAUGGGAUGAUAUUGCCAACAAGGGCAUGCGAACGCAUGAAGAGAGGCUGCUGAGAGGGGAAGAGAAACUGGACCAGGGAACGCCACCUGUCAGUGAGAAAAUACACACUGACAAUAAUGAGACUGAAGAUGACAGAAACAUCCCUAACCAACAGAAAUCAUGGGAUCAAAAUGCCAUUGAAAAAGAUGAACUGUCAGAAGCAACUGUCACCAGCCAAGACUCUGAAGGACAUGGUGCUGAUCAUAAAUUACCAUGGGGCCAUUCCACAGCUAAAUCAGACCCAAGUCUGUCUCAAACAUAUAUCAGUGAACCUGAUGCUGUUUUAAAGGCUUCACAAGAUGCUCAUGAGCUAAAGGGAAAAGAUGUCCAUACGGACACCUCUUUUGGAGACCCUGGCAGACCACAGGGGCAGCAUGAAAAACUUGAGAAAGAAAGAAGUUCCAAAGGAGAAGAGAUACCUCUUCCACAUGCCAAAACAUCAGAAAACGAAACCUCAGAGGAAUCAGUAGCAGAAUGGGAAAGAGAUUACCUCUGGUACAUUUGGAACACAUUCUCUGUCAUUUCUAUGAUCCGCUUCUGUUGGAAAUGCUUGAAGAGAAAUUCCCAAAUGACACAAGCGGCAGCCUCCCCAGUGACGUGCACGGCUGAUGAAGUGCAGCUACCAGACACUGGCACUCUUCAGCACUUUUAUGCUAAAUAUCUUCAAGAAUCAUCUGAAAAGAAGUGGAGGAAGAAUGAGUUUGUGGAAGGAUUUGCAAAUGACCUACUAGAAGCCAUGAAGGCCGUCUGCGAUAAAAAUGGGAGUGUGGUGAUUGAGGACUUUCACAUGCUGAAUGCUUGUGAUAUAAUUGUCCCUUUUACCCCACGCGAACCCUUUAGUUUUCACAGUCAGCUCUGGAACAACAAAGGGAGUGACUUUUCAGAUAUGUCAGUCUGUGGUCAAAUAAAACUGGUGGAAAAGGAGAAAAUCCAAAAUUGCCCCUGUCAGAUCUCUGAUGCAGGUGACGAUAUGGUUUGCCUGCUGCACUGUGAGAAUGAGAAAGGAAGAACAGAAAUUACUGAUGUUCGUGGUCUUCUGUGCUUGAAGAACACACCUUUCUUGUCAAAAUCACUGGUCUCCAGAUGGUUUCAGAGCACCAUCAAACAAGCAUGGGGACUGAUUUCACACAAGUAUGAGUUUGAGCUCAACAUUCACUAUAUAGAUGCUCCUGGUGCUCUGGUCAUUAGAUUCAAGUCAGGAAAGAAGAUAAGCUUCAGUAUGAAUCCUGUGGUUAUAUUUAAUAAUGAUGCCCAUUUCUUCAUUACACCUUGGUCCUCAAGUGAUUUGGAUACUUUCUGGACGCUGUCCUUGACCAGCUAUGAAGACCAUCUCCUAGACCAUCUCUCUAAACGCCUGCCUGAAAAUGCAUGUCACAUUCAAGCACUCGAAAUUGCACGUUUUCUCCACAAGAGGCAGACGGCAUUAACUGGAAGUAGUGCUCUGAAGGAUUUUCAUUUCAAAACUGCACUAAUGCAUCUGCUUAUGACCAAAGACCCAAGACACUGGAAUCCAGACUGUGUUGAUUCUAGGUUACGGGACUUGCUGUCCUUUAUAGAAAGAAGUCUUGAGAAAAAGGAGCUGAAACACAUCCUCGUUGGCAACCCUUUAACUGAGGUUAUUGAACUUCCUGCUGAGUUAAUUAGAGCAAAGCCAGUGAAUCUCUUCCAUCCUCUUGUGGUACAUAACUGUAUGCACAGAAACACCACAGUGCACUUUCAGGAGAUGCUCAGAAAUGCAUACAUGCUGAUAGAGGAUUAUGUUACCAAAUGUACUGAAAGAGCAAACUGAAAAGUUGAAGACAGUACAAUUUUAGUUUUAAUUCUCACUUGAAAAUUGUUUACAGCAAAUGAAUUGUCCAUUUAUAAAGUAAUGCCAUAUUGUGCAAUCAGUUCAAGAAAUAAAGCAGCCAUUUUUAAUAAAAUAAUUCAAAUCAUUUAAACAUUACAAGUUAUUGGGCCCAGUAGUUUACAGAGUCUUUAUACUCUUCUGUAUCAGGAUCAUCCAAGCUGAACAUGCCAGCAUUAAGAGACUUCAUCUUGGGCUCAUACUCCACAAGUCCAUCCUCACUGCUCAAGUCAACCAUCCAAGAGUGACUUGAGAUGAUCUUCCUAGAAGCUGUUGAAACAUGAAACAGUUGCUUCUAAACUGCAGUUUGUUCAGGAGUGAGACCAUUCCUUAAAUAUUCUGAAAGGUUGUCAGAAUGAAUCUUUGUGUGAUCGUUCAAUUUACACUGAGAAAA